AUGGCAGCGCGUAUCGUCGGAAAUGAAGUUAAGUCCAUUAUCGAAUUCUUCCGACUUUCUUCGCUAACAUCUUUUCGCAGCAACAACUUCCGAGACCAUUCUUCUUCCGUUCAACAGAUAAGCAUGGAUGAGUUCGACGAUCUAGUCCCAUGUGUUUCAUUCGAACAGCAUGAAGCAGCCGAGAAAGCAGCUCAGGCGGCUGUAACCUCAAAGAACAGCAAGAGAAAACCUAGCACGGCUAACCCACCACCAACCGAUCUCCUACCGGCUACGUCACGAAUAAAAUAUGUUUUGCCUCCAGAUCUAAUACCGCCCAAGCUAUUCGACUUUUACUCCCUAUACGACUCAGACGGAGAAGAAUACAAGGAUUCACACACCACUGAAAAGGAAGAAUUCGAUCAGCUGAGAGGAGAUAGUGGCACCCACGCUACCUUUGACCCUGUCACUAUUCAUACCACGAAUUGUGAUCGCUGCAACGUUAGAGUCGAGACGGGGGAUGUGCAGUAUCGUUGUACUAAAUGUAGUCAACAGAUGUGUCAGGACUGUGCGGAAAUCUGGUAUGAGGAUGGGAUCCACGAGCCCGAUUUGGAGAAUUUGGUUUGGGUGCGAAACAUAAAGGGCAAAAAAAGAAGGAAGACUAGUAAAUUGAGCGACUGUUUUGUUGUUGACGAUGAUGAGGAGGACGAAAAUGAUGAUGAAGAAAGUGACGAUGACACUGCUUCACUAGUUUCACAAGAGACCAAUAAUCAUCGUCGAGACAAACGACCUAAGCGGCUUGUGAAGGCGAAUUCAGAGGGUCUCUCUGUCCCAGAUGGCUCUGUUCAAGAUGAAUCUGACCACGAUGAAACCAACGAUUCGGAUGUUUCCUACUUCAUGCCAUCUCGGUCAGCUUCACCGACAAGUCCGAAUGAAACAGCUCCGGAAACUUUAGCUGGACCACAAUCAGUGUCAAUUAUAUCCAAAUCUAACAGGUUGGAACCAACGCACAAUGAGUCUCAAAGUACGGCAGGUCUUAAUUCAAUCAAAGAGUCUAAAAGAAAGAACCCGAAGCUGCAGCGCAUCACGUCUGAGAAUUUCGAUGAUGAUGCCGGCUCUUCCGAAGAUGAUGGUGUACAACCUGACGGCAAAAUCGGAGAGCUCAAUUCUUUUAGUCUUCAGAAUCCAAAUUCAGCAGAUCGACCAAGCUUACCGCUGUCUCAUACUACCACUGCUAAUGCUCCGGUACCAUCUGUCGAAUCUCUCGAGCAAAGAUCAGUAGCUCUUCCGACUGGAAGUGAGUCGCAGAAUAUACAACACCUACAAAUUGAUAAUCAGACGCAGCAAAAUGAUCAAACUAUCAAAAAGAGAAAGAGGGACGCUGGAUUCCAGCGGCUACAUCGACAAGGGGGCAAUGACUUGGCUCUAGGUGAAAACUUGCUUAAUGAGACUGCUCGGGUUCCGGGUUCGGCUCCUGUCGUCUCCAUGACCGCAGGCCUGGGAGUUCGUAUUGGAAGAGAGGCUCGCACUUCCCACAAUUUAGCUCAACGAUCACAACCUACGGAACAGCCCCUAUCACUUACAACUGCGUCGCCCGCGGAACGGAACUCACUCUCGGCACCUCCCCAACACCUUGCAAGUAUAGUAACCACACGGCCAGCAGCUAUUCCAUCCCAAGAGAGCAGUUUCCACAAAUACAACGCCAAGGUAGGCCUCAAUCGCCAUGCAGGAGCCGAGACGAGCGAACAAUUGAAGAACGGUUUUUUUACAAGGCCGAGCAAGGGGAAGUCGCUUCAAGGCAUUUUUGCUAAAAGUUUGGAUCAGUGGUCACCAGAAGAGUUGAGAGCUAGAGCUGCUGAAUUGGAAAGGGAGAGAAUGGAAAAUGAGAAAUUGGAGCAGAGUCAGCGUCAAAAUGAAGUCGAGGAUGAGGAUCAAGAGCUUUUUGUAGGGGGCGGACCGGCGACUAAGAGAGUUAGACGAGAAGAGGGCUUGGAGCCGGGCAACGAACAAGAUAACAUGGAAUUAGACAAUUCUAGUCGGCCUCCAAUGUUUACAACAUUAGGCGAAGGAAGUAAGAUGGAGGAUCGGGUUCGAGCUAUGGGGGAUUAUGAUGGCAGUGAAAGUGAAGCAGAUCAUGGGGAGCUUGCCGAGGAUGAGAGAGGAGGUGAAGAAAGACGGAUUGGAGAACUUGCGAGUGGUAGUAAAACCCAGAGUGGACACACUAACAUGAUGGACACUACACAAGCUAGAGACACCUCAGGAUCACCAUCCCAUCUCUCCCACCCCAAUGAACUGGAACUCUCACCCUCCGCACAACCAUACCCAUUUGCCCGAAAUUCUAGAAUUACACACCACAAGUUGAGAGACGCCGUCGAGAGAGAAGAGUUCAUCGCGUAUCAUCGGAACCCGAUGGUGCAGAUGUAUUUAGCGGAGGGCAGGAAUGAGGAGGCGAUGCAGCUUUGGGAGAGUAUUUGGGGUGUAAUGGGGGUGGUGAGGGAGGAGGAGAUGGUUGAAGGUGGGAGUGCAUAG